AUGGCGCUCCGGGGAUCCCCGCGCGCCCCGAAGGGCCCCGGCCCCACCGCCCGAGCCCCGAGCCCAGGGGCGCCGCCGCCGCCGCCGCGCUCGCGGCCGCUCCUGCUGCUGCUGCUGUUGCUGGCCGCCUGCGGGGCGGCGGGGCGCUCCCCGGAGCCCGGGCGCCUGGGUCCCCGCGCCCGGCUGACCCGGGCGCCGCCGAACCCGCCUGCGGAGCGCGCGCUGCCCGGCGGUGGCGAGGAUCGGCAGGCGCGCGACGAGGAGCCCGGUACCCCGGGUCCCGGUCAGGCUCCGGGUCCCGGCGAGGACGGCGCCCCCGCCGCGGGCCAGGGGCGCUGGGCGCGGGCAGCGCCGAUGGCCGGAGCGGCUUCGCGGGCGCAAGUCUCGCUCAUCAGCACAUCGUUCGUGCUCAAGGGGGACGCGACGCACAAUCAGGCGAUGGUGCACUGGACGGGCGAGAACAGCAGUGUGAUCUUGAUCCUGACCAAGUAUUACCACGCAGACAUGGGGAAGGUUCUGGAAAGUUCUCUGUGGCGGUCGUCGGACUUCGGGACGUCCUACACCAAGCUCACCCUCCAGCCUGGCGUCACCACCGUCAUCGACAACUUCUACAUCUGCCCGACUAACAAGAGGAAGAUCAUCCUCGUGAGCUCCUCGCUCAGCGACCGGGACCAGAGCCUGUUCCUCAGCGCGGACGAGGGCGCCACCUUCCAGAAACAGGUCGUCCCCUUCUCCGUGGAGACGCUCAUCUUCCACCCCCGGGAGGAGGACAAGUUGCUGGCCUACACCAAGGAGGGCAAGCUCUACGUGUCGUCUGACCUGGGGAGGAAGUGGACCCUUCUGCAGGAGCGAGUGACCAAAGACCAUGUGUUCUGGGCUGUGUCUGGGGUGGACGCUGACCCUGACUUGGUCCACCUGGAGGCCCAGGACCUCGGAGGAGGCUUUCGCUACAUCACCUGCCGGGUCCACAACUGCUCCGAUAACACACGGACGACGCCCUUCGCGGGGCCGAUCGACCGCGGCUCUCUGACCGUGCAGGACGACUACGUCUUCGUUAAGGCAACCACAACAAACCAGACCAAAUACUACAUCUCUUACCGUCGCAAUGACUUUGUCCUGAUGAAGCUGCCAAAGUAUGCGUUGCCAAAGGAUCUGCAGGUCAUCAGCACGGACGAGAGCCAGGUGUUCGUGGCCGUGCAGGAGUGGUACCAGACCGAUACCUACAACCUGUACCAGUCGGACACGCGCGGCGUGCGCUACUCACUGGUGCUGGAAGACGUGCGCAGCUCGCGGCAGGCGGAGGAGAACGUGGUCAUCGACAUCCUGGAGGUCCGCGGGGUGAAAGGAGUCUUCCUGGCAAACCAGAAAGUCAACGGGAAGGUGGUGACACUCAUCACCUACAACAAGGGCCGAGACUGGGAUUACCUGAGGCCUCCCAGCACGGACAUGAACGGGAAACCAACCAACUGCAAGCCUCCGGACUGCCACCUGCACCUGCACCUGCGCUGGGCAGACAACCCCUACGUGUCGGGCACCGUGCACACCAGGGACAGCGCCCCCGGCCUGGUCAUGGGCGCAGGUAACCUGGGCUCCCAGCUGGUGGAAUAUAAAGAGGAAAUGUACAUCACGUCGGACUGCGGCCACACCUGGCGGCAGGUGUUCGAGGAGGAGCAUCACAUCCUCUACCUGGACCACGGAGGCGUGAUCGUGGCCAUCAAGGACACCUCCAUUCCCCUGAAGAUCCUCAAGUUCAGCGUGGACGAGGGCCUCACCUGGAGCACACACAACUUCACCAGCACCUCCGUGUUUGUGGACGGGCUGCUGAGCGAGCCAGGGGACGAGACGCUGGUCAUGACCGUCUUCGGCCACAUCAGCUUCCGCUCGGACUGGGAGCUGGUCAAGGUGGACUUCCGGCCCUGGUUCUCCAGGCGGUGCGGCGAGGGUGACUACGGCUCCUGGGACCUCACAAACCUGCAGGGUGACCGCUGUGUCAUGGGCCAGCAGAGGAGCUUCCGCAGGAGGAAGCCCGCGUCCUGGUGCGUCACGGGCCGCAGCUUCACGGCGGCGCUCACGGCCCGCGUGUGCCCCUGCCGGGCCUCGGACUUCCUCUGUGACUAUGGAUUUGAGCGCGCCCCCUCCUCGGAGUCUGAUGCCAACAAGUGCUUUGCCAACUUCUGGUUUAACCCCCUGUCGCCCCCUGACGACUGUGUCCUGGGCCAGACCUAUACCAGCAGUCUCGGGUACCGGAAGCUGGUGUCCAACGUGUGUGAAGGCGGCGUGGACCCGCGGCAGAGCCCGGUGCGGCUGCAGUGCCCGCUCCUGCCGCCGCGGGGCCUGCAGGUCAGCAUCCGCGGCGAGGCGGUGGCCGUGCGGCCCGGGGAGGACGUCCUGUUCGUGGUGCGGCAGGAGCAGGGUGAUGUCCUGACCACCAAGUACCAGGUGGACCUGGGGGACGGCUUCAAGGCCAUGUACGUGAACCUCACGCUGACCGGCGAGCCCAUCCGGCACCGCUACGAGAGCCCCGGCGUCUACCGCGUGUCCGUCAGGGCGGAGAACGUGGUGGGGCACGACGAGGCAGUGCUGUUUGUCCAGGUCACCGGAAACGCCCUGGCAGGACCGUGUAUGCCCAGAUGCACAACGAGAAGGAGCAGGAAAUGACGAGCCCCGUGAGCCACAGCCAGGGUGUGCGGAGCGCCACCCAGGGGGAGGAGUUCAUAGAGGAUGAGCUCCACCCACAGACUCUAGGGAACCACUCGGGCGUGGUCCUGAGCGUCAGCUCCCGGGAGAUGCACAGCUACCUGGUGAGCUGAGGCCGCGGCGGCCGCGCCCGGAACGCUCUCCUCUCCGCCGCGUCAUCCCCCGCGGAGGGCCCAGGACCACACGCGCCCCUCGGCACGGGGUGGGACCCGCACCCCCGCGGAGACCUCGGGAAAGCCUCCUCCUCCUCCCGCCGCGUCCACGCCAGCCUACAGCUGUUCCCGCUCCGUCCAGCUCAAGCCCGCCCCGCCCUGGCCCCCAACUCUGGACACUGUCAGCCCACACCCCGUCACUCCGGCGAGGAGGCCUGACUUAUAGGCGAGGCCGGGCCCCCUGAGGCUGGGGGGUGAGCCUGCCGGACUCUCAGAAGCGCAGACCCCCCCUACCCAACCCCCUCCGCCUCCAUCACCUGCACCGUGGGCUCCUGUCCCCCGGAGGAACACCGAGCCACCGCUUUUUUCCUCGGAACCCCCAGGAGGGCAGCUCCCACCGCUCACAUGGCCGUCCCUCUGCGGGGGGUCUUGCACACCCCCUCCAGAAUCUGGAAAGCCUGCUGCGGGCCCCGCCCCACCCCCGAGGCCGCCCGCCGUGCUCCCCUUCCUCUUUUUAACCUGCAGAGAUAAUGUAAAUACCUCUCUAGGUAGCCAUUUGCGGUUUUUUUGGGGGGAGGUUGUUCUCUUUAUUGCCAAGCAGUAGCCCCCGUUCUUGGGAACCCCCUUGCCGAAAGCCCAGGAAUUCUCCGCCCCCACUGGCAGCCUUCUCUCCUGCCCCCCGCCCCAAAAAAGCAAAGCUCCCCCAGCCCCGCCCUUCAAGGGCUCCAGCGCCCCCACCCCCGGCCGGCCCACGUGCAGGCUUCCUGCCCGGGAUUGGCCUCGAGACAGAUGCCCAGUGCUUUGCGAUUCCUCAUUCCUAGAGGGAGCCGCGCAGAGACCCAGGAACCAGGAGCAGUUAGAAAGACAGAGCGUGAAGGGCCGACAAGUGGUGCCCGCCUCGUCUUAAAGACAGAGCCGCUGAGGCCCGGAGAGGGAGUGGCUGCCCCAGGGUCACACACAGCAAGGGGUCACAGAGGUGCCCCGGGAGCCAGCCCCCCCCACCAGGGUCACGCGCAGCAAGGGGGCCACAGAGGUGCCCGGGAGCCAGCCCCCCUCCCCUCCCCCCACCGCUUCCGAGACAGUUCGACCCUCCUCGCUCACCGAUGCCUAGAGUCAGGGACGCCAGGAGCAUCUAGGGGCGGAGUUUCACCUUUUGCCUUGAAACUGGAAGUCAGCGUCCCAUCCCCGCCCCCACCAUGGGCUCUUCGUGGCCAGACCGUCCUCCCAGAGGUGGGGACACCCCAGAUCCCAGGCUAGGACCCCGCUGGCCGCGAGGAGGAGUCCAGGAUGAAGCCCGGGGCGGUGGGAAGACUUAGCCCGCUUCCGCAGAAAAGAAAGGCGGCCUGCGGAGGGUCAUCCGCACCCCCAGAGCAGCUCCCACUCGCGGGAGGGGGGGACCCUGGUGUCCAACCCCAUGUGUCGCAAAUGGGGUCUGAGACCGGCUCAGAAGGGGUCACUGUAAGUCGCGCGGCGGGCGGCAGAGGCGCCCCUCCCCCCACUGCGGCCCACCCGGCUGAGCUGCGGGCCCCGCAGAGCUGGCCAUGCCAGCCUCCUCCACACCCUCCUCGGGGAAGUGCGGGAGUUGUGGGGUGCUGCGGGGAGAGGCUGGGUUCUCGAGGUGUCUGCCUCCGCCAGCCUGUCUGCUAUCUCCAAAGACCCCUUAGGGAAUCCCGCGUCCUGCCAUACACCCCCACCCGGCCUGUGAGCCUCACUGCAGGGUCAGGCACCUUCAGCGCCGGCCAGGUCCCAGGUCAAGGUCAGCAGGGAGCCCCUGGACGCAGCUCAGCAGUGCCUCUGGGCGACAACGCGCCUGUGACCUCCUGACCUCAGCUGCAUUGUCUUGCUGAUGGGAUAGGGCUUCCCUUUAGCUAUCUGUGUUCUCCUAUUCUCUGUCAUCAUCCCUACGAAGAGCGUUUUGGGUGUGCGGACCCGAGAGCCUGGGAAUAAGUUGGCAUCUAUAACCGAAUACGUUUCCGUCCCCAUAACCGUGUAGGUCCACACGUAGGUCUGGGUUUAUCUGGUUCCACGUUUUGAGGUCCUGCGUCUUUGCCGUACAGGUAUGCGCGGGCCCGCGGGGAAGAGCGGGCUGGGCUUGGACCGCUAACGACUCCUUCAGCUGGAUCGAGCCCACACUUCUAUAUGCACAUAACAGAGAUGCGAUAAAUUCUUUCUUAUUUUUCCUUUUUAAGAAUCAAUAAAUCAUUUGUGAUGCUUUUAACAAAGAUUAAAUGCGUACGAUCGGUGUUUGCCUUA